AUGUGGAGCUGAUGCAGGUAAUUGUUCCGGCUAAAGAGAAAGCAUCACCAUCAUCACUAUCAUCGCCGUCGAUUUCGUCAUGGAGGUGGCUCACCGAGGAAGCACCAUCAUCAUCACAAUCUCGAGUCGAACAUUGGCUUCCUCCUGACGAGCAGAAUCACCGCCCGCAGCACCGCCAGUACCGUGACCAGCACCACCACAAGGUCCGUCACCACCACGAACUCCGUCACCUACGGAGGCGUAAUCUGGAGAACAGAUUCCAACCGAAGUUCACCCACACGGAGUACCAGCAAGCAGUCCGGGAGAACCUGCCCGUUCACAGCUCCAUCUUGCAGGUCCACGCCACAGACAAUGAUAUGGAUGAACAUGGACUCAUAAAGUACAGCGUCAGCGACCCUGAGCACUUUGAGAUCGACGAUGGUGGAGUUCUCUACAACGUCCGACCUCUGGAUUUCGAACACACGAAGGGGGAAUAUCUUCUUCACAUCUACGCCGAAGAUCAGGGGGCCGCCCGGUCGUCGAGGAAGCAGGCGGUGGUGCAGGCGAGGAUCAAAGUGAUGGACACCCCAGAGCCCCCGUACUUCGACAAGGACCAUUACCUCUUCUCCGUCUCCGAGUUCGCCACUGCAGGGGCGUACGUGGGGACGGUGGUGGCCAGGGACGCAGAUAACAACUUCGAGACCUACAAACUGGAGAACGUUCAGCCUCCCGGCACGUUUAUCAUUGACAAUCAAACUGGAAUCAUCACAGUGGGAGUAAACACCUUCAGCGACGUCUGGGAGUUCAAUUUCCAGGCUGUGGCCAUCGACUUGUCUCGCCUAAAUACCUCAGUACCAGUUAAAGUCAGCAUCAUAGAUGAGAAUACUCACAAGCCCGUGUUUAGCAACUGCGCUGGCUACGACGGUAUCACUGUCACUGAGAACACGACGGCCGGCCAGAAUGUAGUGCUGGUCCAGGCUACUGACGAGGACCACGGGGUCAACGGCCAGGUCACCUACUCCCUCCUCAACUCCUUCGACAGCUUCGACAUCGUCACCGACAACGGCAACGGCAAGAUCACCACCACCAGGAGACUGGACCGUGACCAAGAAGACAAAGAGUUCUUCCUGACGGUGAUCGCCCGGGACGAGGCGCCGAAGGAGGCGCUGCAGGAGGCGUGUUCCUUCAAGGUCAGGGUAAAAGACAUCAACGACAACCCUCCCAUCUUCGACCAGCCGGCCUACGAACAGAACAUCGCCACGGACCACAUCCCAGGGAAGGCCGUGCUCCGGGUCACAGCCACGGACAUGGACGCUCUGGAGAACGCGGAGGUCCAGUAUAGUCUCAACGGGUCGGUGGACGACCUCGGUUAUUUUAACAUUAGCAACACAACAGGAGUCAUCACCCUCAUUAAACCCUUGAACGACACCAUGGCUGACAAGAAGACGUUCAACCUGAAGGCCAUUGCGACGGACAAGGGGUCGCCGCCCCUGAGCAACAAGGUCGGGGUCAACAUCCACGCCGUCACCUCGGGCAACAUGCCUCCAACCAUUGUCCUCCGCGAGCCCCAGAACGCCUCCAUUCCCGAGGACACUGUCGAGAACACUGACGUUGUCAUCGUCUGCGCCAUGUCUAACAUCCCAAGCAAGCCCGACGUGUACUUCACGCUGCUCAACGGGAACACCAAGGACACCAACUCCGACGGCACCUUCGCUAUCAGGUACCUGGAGAGCAACGACCCCAAAUGUCCAACUGGCAGCCGAGGCGUCGCCAUCUACGUCGCCAUGAGGAGUCUAGACUACGAGACCAUCACUGCCUACAAGCUCAUUCUACAAGUUGUGGACGACCAGAACGCCAGGGCGGACGUUCAGAUAGACGUGAAGGUCAUCGAUGUGAACGACAACUCUCCGCUCUUGCAGCCCUUCGACGGGGCCAUCGUCGAGAACUCGCCCCCUUCCCUCAUCACCACCAUCAAGGCCAUUGAUAAAGAUGCCUCACCUGCUUUCAGAGAGCUCUCCUACGCCUUUGACGCAACGGCGUCUGCAGACGUGAAGUCAAAGUUUGCGUUGAAGUCCAACGGGGAGUUGUGGACCAGCACCAGUCUGGACAGAGAGCAGAGCAACAAGUACCGUGUGCCCAUUAAGGUUACCGACGGUGCUCCAGGACACGAGCGUAUGACCACCUACUGGAUCACCGUCCAGGACAUCAACGACGUCCCUCCGAGGUUCGACAUGACGAAGGGCAUCUACCAGGUAGAGGUCCCCGAGAACAAGGUCCCCGGGAAAAAUACAGGCAUUCGACUCGUCGUUAUCGACCCUGAUAUUGUAAACCACAACGACUUCCAGAUCGUCAGUGGAAACGAACAGCAAAAGUUCCGGAUCGACUCGACCACAGGCGAGGUUUUGAUCAACAAGGACCUCGACUACGACAAGCCAAUCGAGGACAGAACGUUUACUAUGCUGGUGCGUCUAAGUGACGGAGCCAACGAAAUGGCAGAGGUCUUCAUCACCAUCAACGUCACUAACAUCAAUGAUCAGCAGCCAAUCUUCACGCCAGACAAGUACACCUACACCGUCACUGAGAACGUUGACUGUGACAAGAUGUUCGGACAGGUAUCAGCGAUAGACCCGGACCUGCCCUCAACAGCCAACCAGAACAUCAGCUACUACCUCUCCAUGAAUGAGCUCCAGAACUUCACUAUCGACAAGAAUUCUGGAAUGUUAUAUAUCAAGGGGUGUCUGGACCGAGAAGCUGCCACCCGGGGCACCAUGACUCUCUACCCUCGUGCCAUGGACGCCGGAGGGUACGGCCACGACGCUGAACCUGCCACCGUCACCCUAAACAUCAACGACAUCAACGACAACCAUCCUUACAUCCAGAGUCCGGACAACAGCUACACCAAGAUCAUGGAGAACGCCCCACCAUCCUCGGUGAAGCCCGUCACUAUUAGGCUGAGUGACUGGGACACUGAGGAACACGGCUGUCCGUGUACACUCUCCUUCGAGAGCUCCACCUCGGCCGACAUCAUGAGCAAGUUUAAAGUGACCGCGAUGACGGGCUUCACCUCGCAGUACGAACUCCAAACGCUGAAGACCCUGGACCGGGAGGCGCAGAAGACCUACCAGAUACCCUUCAGGACGUCCGACAGUGAGGGCGUGAGCGGCACACGGUACCUGACGGUGGAGGUCGGUGACGAGAAUGACUCCCCCAUGACGGACGGCUCCAGCGCCAUUAAGGUCUACAACUACCAGGGUCAGUUCCCGUCCAUGGUGAUUGGGUCAGUGUACGUCACGGACCUCGACGACUACGACGUCGUCGACAAGACAUUCGAGAUCGACCCGACGACCUCUUCAGAGGUCAGCAACUAUUUCGAUGUCGGGUUUAGCAACGGGAACAUCACCAUGCAGAAGGGGACUCCGGAGGGAACUUACGUGCUCAGAGUCAAAGUGAUUGACAAGUUCCGGAAUGAGACGGCCAUCGGAGAGGUGAACAUCGCGGUGGUGGACCUGACAGAAGAGGCCGUCAUGCAGUCCGGCUCCUUCAUGGUAGCCGGAUACACCGCCCACGAAGUCCUUCAGCAACGGGCGAUGGCGGCGGUAGGCACGAGUCUGUACGAACGCCUGAAACAGAAGAUCGGCAGCAUUCACGGGAUCGGGAGCGAGAACGUGGACAUCUUUGCCAUGAGAGAUGUGGAAGGUGGAGUGAACAUCCGCUACAACUGCCACAGCUCCCCUUACUAUACCGCCGCCAGACUCAAUGGUGUCAUGAUGUCGCACAGGGAGGAGCUGAUGAGCUCCCUGACCAUCAAUAUAUCGAGGGUGAACAUCAACGACUGUCUGUACGAGUUGCAGUCGCCAUGCGGCACCACCAGCUGCCAGCAGUUCUUGCGGCCUAACAUCACCUCGCCUCUCGUCAUCGGCAGCGACACCACCACCAUGGUCGGCGUCGACAUCACCGAAGAAUACUUGUGUGACUGUGGAGCCCUGGAGCCGCUGCCUUCAGUGUGCUACAGCGGGUUCUGUCUCAACGGCGGCGAGUGCAUCCAGGCCAAUAACACCCUUUCCUGCCGGUGUCCGGACAACGACUACGGCCCUCGCUGUGAACUUAAGAGUGCGAGGUUUGAGAAAGGUUACGCCUGGUAUGAGCCUCUUAAGGUCUGCGAGAAUGCGUCUCUGUUUAUGUCCUUUGAUACCAGGGAGGACACUGGAGUUCUUCUUUACUCUGGGCCAACUGUGACGCGGCCCUGGAGCAACUACCCAAGAGAUUUCAUUUACGUGUUUCUAGAAAAAUGGUGGUUGAAAGUCUUCAUAGACUUGGGAACAGGAACGAGUACCAUGUCUAUCCCGCUAGAGAAAAACAAUAACAGAGCCUUCGACUUCACUGUCACUUGGAACGAUCGUGAAGUCUCGUUCGAAGUUUUCAAGUGCUUGGGCAAUAACACCAUCGAUAAUUCAAACGAGUGUAGGAAAUCCGUUCAGUUACAAGGUCUUAACGUUCCUAGCCACUUGCUGAACGUCGGGGCGCCAUUGCAGGUGGGUGGCGUAGCCGCAAUGGUGAGCUUCAAGCAGCUGGCCAGUUCGUACGGCUGGACUUUAGAGCCCACGAUGGUGGACCCGUUCUUCGGGUGCGUACUGGAGCUUCGCCAUAACAACUACCUCUACGACCUCAACUCCACCGACUACGACAAGAACACCUACAAGCCGUGCGAUGCGCCGGUACCUGCUAGAGUCAUCGUCGGCAAGGAAUCCAUCGUCAUCAUCGUCGUCAGUCUUUUGGGACUCAUAUUGUUGGUGCUGCUCAUCCUGUGUCUUGCGCGACGGAACAAGAAGUCCAUCUCGUACCCCGAGCUGGAUGGCAUCGUUAAGGAGACUAUCGGCGGUACUGACCUGGAGGGCUUCGGAGAGAAGGACAUGACGCAGUACGACCUUAAACUCCUGCGGGUUGGCCCUAAUGGCCAAGUCUGCACCGAGCCAGAGACCAAUAGCUAUACAAAUCCAGUUGCGUAUGAGAGAUUACAAGGGACAGAGGACCUGUUCAAUUUGCGAAAGGAGAAGCUGCCACGCCAAGGUCGAGAGGCACCCUUGGCACAGAUGCCAGAUGGUCUGAGCAUCGGAGACUUUAUCACUGAUAAUAUAAAGAAGGUGGACAAGGAUCCAUCAGACUUUGAUGACGUGCGCCACUAUUGCUUCGAAGGAGACGAAAUGUCCAUUGCAUCUUUGUCUUCCAUAGGCUCAGGAGGCUCCUCUGAAGGCAGCGAACCAUUCGACUACAAGAACGACUGGGGUCAUCGCUUCGAGAAACUCAAUGAGAUAUACGGGCGGGCCUCGGAUGAGGAGGACGAUAGCGACUACGAGUUUCCUGACGUCCCGAAGCAGAGCAAGCGCGACUCUUUGCGUCAACUCCGCAAGCCAAAGACCCCCAACAGCACCCCUGCUCAGUCUCCUUCAGAAGGCCUUGAGGCCAAGGGCGCCCAGGAGAUGAAGAAGACGCAGAAGUACCACGAAGCCCACAGUCCCAUGGCUUCCUUUCCAGAAGGUCAGGGAGCGGAAUCUUGGUGCUAGUAGCAGAUAACCUUGAAUAAGAUAUCAGCAACAGUCCGAUGAUAACGCUAAACUCCAAGACGUGUGGCUCGCAGAGAUAACGGGCCGGCGGUGUGGUGUAUAAGCAGCCAAAAUAAUGACCAAAUAGUCAAGUUAAAUAAGUCGUUUGUGCGAACGAUCAUUUGCGGUGCACAUUUGUAUGGGUGAAAGCCAACACAGCGAGGGACCGUCGUUGUCCGCAUACAAUCACUUGGAUUAGUCUUUGAAGCAGAUUAAUACGUUCAUAAUAUAUAUAUAUAUACAUAUAUAUGUUUAUGUAUACAUAGCAGUGUGAGCUAUGAAGACAGGCAGUACACUGGUGCACAACAAAUGAGAAGUGGUGUAACACCUCGUGAAUGUUGUCACUCUCCACCACAUUAAGGGCAAACAUCACACUUUCACGUUUCAUGUAAAUAUGAUUUGACGUCAGUUCAUUCUUAGGGGUAACAGAAACCAAAGGUGCUUCAAAAGUCAAAUACUAAUUAAAACUACCUUUCCAUUCCCUACUCCACUAGCCUUACCCCCUAAAAUAACCCACCUGGAUGCUAUUUCCAUCUCCCACUGGCUUUACCCCUUAAGAUAACACAUCUGGAUGCUUCUUCCAUCUCCCAUUGGCCUUACCCCUUAAGAUAACCCUCCUGGAUGCUCUAAAUGCGGAGAUCGGGAAAACAAACACGCCUUCACUGGGAAAUAGUCGGAAAACUGUUUCUCUCUCAGGUUCCUCUUACCAUUGUUUGUUAGAAUUGUACACUAGAUUUAACACUUACCAAACGUUCCCUAACUAGGACAUGUAACGACGGUCAUAGAUUAUUAUUAUCACGUACUUUCACGCUGUUAUGUAACAGAAAACGAUGUCGAAUACAACUUGCAACUCAAACGCUCAGAACCUUACUGGAGAUACGUGUUAUUUAGACAUUAACAUACGUGUAAGUUCCCUGUUGUGUAUAAGUUUGAUGUAUGAUUGUGGUCACGUCUGCCGCGCCUAGCCAUUCAUGUCAAAAAUAAUAAUUACUGUGGUCAAAACUGACUUUCGUGGUCAAAACUGACUUUCGUGGUCAAAGCUGACUCUCAUGGUCAAAGCUGACUACUGCAUUGUGCAGAUUAUAAUAUAUAUUGUAAGUUAAAUACACCACACAGGUAUUCUUGAAUACACAUCGAGUUCUCCAUCAUGAACUCAGGUCUUGAAAUAAACUGAUGUUUAUUUUCAGAAAUUAACGCGAUCAUGACGU